AUGGGAAACCUUCCUAUAGCACGGGUAAGCGAGGCAAUUCCGUUUUCCAAUACCGGCGUCGAUUUCUGCGGACCGUUUUACAUUAAGGAGCGAAAAUUUCGUAACAGGACGCGCAUUAAAGUCUACGUAUGCAUAUUCGUGUGCAUGUCCAUCAAGGCCGUACAUCUUGAAGUCGUGACCGAUUUGUCAUCUGAUGGAUUUUUAGCCGCACUACGACGAUUUGCCGCGAGACGAGGAUUUCCGGAGCAGAUUUACUCCGAUAACGGAACUAAUUUCGUAGGCGCAAAUAACCAACUAAAGGAAAUGUACGUCCUUUUUAACUCCGAAGCUCACAAGGAACGUAUAAACAGUUUCGCAAGCGACCACCGAAUAACAUGGCACUUUAUACCUCCGGCAGCUCCACAUUUCGGUGGACUGUGGGAAAGCACUGUGAAACUAUUCAAACACCAUUUUCGACGCGUGAUAGGAGAUUCGUUGUUUACACACGAAGAAUUAAAUACUUUCACUGCCGAAGUCGAGGGGAUUUUAAAUUCCCGGCCAAUCAUACCACUUUCGUCCGAUCCCAAUGACACGUCCGCUCUAACUCCGGCACAUUAUUUAAUUGGCAAGCCUCUAACUGCCCUCCCGGAGGGUAAUUUGACAUGUGUUCCAGCCAACCGUCUGUCUACAUGGCAACACAUAACGAAAAUGAGAUAA